UUAGUCACACCAAAACGCCUCAUUAUGGUGCGCAGUCAACCGUUCCGUCUGUCCCUGGUACGCAAGUACUGGGACAAAUACUUCACCUUCACCGACACCGUGGACUAUUUCAACCUGCUCAACACCUUCGGUACACUGUUCGCGCUUCACUAUCACACCCGCCAGCCACGCUGGACAGUGAAGAAGCUUCUCUGGACAGUUUAUCGCACCCUCUACCUGCUGUCGUAUCUGUCCUACUGUUACAAAGUGUACUGGUUGUUCAGCCACUGGCAGUACAGUACGGCUGCGGCCAAUCUGCUCGGUGCGCUGGGCCUGUGCAGCGGGGCCUUGCUGCGGCUGCUGCUGAUCGAGCAAAACUAUCCCACCGUACACCGGCUGCAGCAGUUUCUGAACGAUCGAACCUACCUGCGCGAGGAUCCGUGGGCACGAACCGAGCGUUCCAAGCUUUACCGCCACAACAAUCGCUUUCUGGUGGUGCUCAUCAGCGCCAUCAGCGUGGAGUCGCUGUGCUUUCUGGCCCGGCUGCUGCUGACGCGGCCCGAGUUUAUGCUGCAGUACGGUGGAGCCGUUCUGGGUGGCCCGUCAGUGCAGCUCGCCUACGGCAUGGUAACUGCCUGCUGGGGCAUCAUUUACGUGCUCUCGUUUAUCGUGUUCUACACGCUGCUGACCGGGUUUCGGCUUGAGAUGCAGCUGCUGGCGCGUUCCUUUCAGCAACUCGAGGAAACGCUCGUACCCACCGGCGUAGGGAUGGACGACCAGAACGAAUGGGAGUACUGGGACAACCUGCAACAGAGACUGACCCAUCGGAUCAAGCGCCAUUUGGAGUUGCUCGAAAAUCUUCGCAUCUUUCGCUCGAUCGUCGCCCCUUUCGCCUUUCUGCAGUACUACAGCACCUUCGGCCUGAUAGCGGACUCGUUCUUCGUGGUGUCCUUUGAAGGUUUUACCGGCUACAGCAUGGCGUACGUACUGUUUGCUUCGUUUCUGAUCCUGGAAUCCUUGCUGCUGUGCCGUGGGGUGGAAGAUUUGAACGAUUUGAAUCGACAAAUCGGAACCAUUCUGUACAACUUCGAUUGGCCCCGGUUGCUGCGCUUUUCCAUCCACUACCGACGUCAGUACUUCAGCGUACGGCGAACGAUUCUGCUCGUGAUUUUGCAGUCCCAACAAUCGCUCCGGUUCAGCUACGGUGCACAUGGGGAAAUUUCAAUGCACAGCUUUGCGGAGCUGAUGCAGAAAAGCUACUCAAUGCUGACGUUCAUGCUGCAGUUCCAAAACUAA